AUGAAGAACUUCAUUGCUAUUGCUGCUUUCGCCGCCGGCACUAACGCCCUCGUUGGCCGCAGUGAUAGCUGCUGCUUCAAGAUCACUGCCUCUGGCGGCGCUUCCGGCUCUCUUGGCCAGCUGGGUGACGGCCAGGUCCGUGUCGGCGAUACCACUUUGUCGGCUGCUACCUUCUGUCUUGAGGAUACCGUCAUCACCGACAGCGCUGGCCGUGGUUGUGUUGUCACCUCUGAGACCACCCAAUUCCAAUGUGACGAGGGUGCCACUGGCACUUCCGGCUUCUCUCUUUCCUCUUCGGGCGCUCUCAGCUUCGACGGUAGCUCGAGCUUCAUCGCUUGCGCAACUGGCUUGAACGAUGGAGACAACAUCUACACCACCAACAGCACCUCCGUCACUCAGUGUGUGAGUGUCGAGUUGACCAGUGAUUCAUGCUACGCCGCUGUCUCAUCGUCGGCCGUCGCAUCUUCAUCCACCACUUUCGUGAUCCCUGCCAGUACCCCUCUGGUCUCUAGCUCUUCAGUCCCAUCUGGAGUCAGUCCUGUUGGUCCUUCAACCCCGCUCCCAGUCACCUCCACGCCCGUUCCGUCCGGUACUCUUAUUCCCGCUUCCAGCACACCGAUCGCGACUUCGACACCCCUCGCAAGCACAAGCACUCCGAUGACUACUUCCAGCUUUGCAACUAGCACUACUACUGCAUCUGGCAGUGAGACCUCGUCCACUGCUUCAUCCUCAGCAGCUGCUACUACCGCCCCGUCGAGCUCCGCGACUAAGGUCGACUUGUCCAAUUGGACUGUCUCCCUCGUUGCGAUGCUGGCCCUCGCUGUUGCCUUUUAG